AUCGUGCUGUUGAGACCGCUGUCAACAUGACCAGCGAAAAUGAUACUCUUAUUGUAGUCACCGCUGAUCAUGGACACGUACUGGCAUUUGGUGGAUACAGUGAAAGAGGAAAUCCCAUUUUGGGCAAAACAUUUUUUCAUGCAGCUGAUGACAAACCCUACACAACUCUGACGUAUGGUAAUGGUCCAGGAUAUCAAGGUGUUUACAAUAAUACUGGAGCUGACCCUGAGGAUAUAACGACUCGAGAAGAUCUGGAGAAUGUCGAUACGAGUGAUCCCAACUAUCGCCAACAGAGUUCAGUACCAAGAAGCUCCGAGACUCACAGCGGAGAGGACGUGAUUGUCAUGGCAAAUGGUCCCAUGGCGCAUUUAUUCUAUGGAGUACAGGAACAAAGUUAUGUCGCACACGCAAUGGCUUAUGCAUCCUGUGUUGGAGAAAACAAGAUGCAUUGUAACCGUCCAUAGAAUGACUCUGCCUCACUACAUUUCAACGUAUUCAAUUUUCACGUUCAUUGACAAAUAAAUGAUUGGGUGAAACAUAUGUCUUAAUCUA